GCGGGUGAAUAGUUCGGGUCGCCAUUUGCAUUUGUUUAGCAAGGGAAGAUUAGGGAAGGCUUAAUUUUUGUUCGCUUUUGCUUGAACAGUUAAGCUGAUGGGAAAAUCGAACUAACAACAGGUAAGGGGAAUGUUUAAAUUGUAUUUUAAAGCAUUGUUGGGUCCCGAUCUUUCAAUUCUAGUUUCCUGUGUGAUGUUUUAUUUGGGUCCAUAAUUCGUAUCCAUGACAAAUAGGAUAUUAUUCAUAAUUUGUUAGCAUUAAAGUCGUAAGUUUGAAGUAUUUUAGAGUGUUUCUUGCUUCGUUUGCUUUAGCAAUGCCUUGGCCUUCUCCUUUGGUUCCAAACUCUUUCCAACGUGGAGCGAUUUUGAGUCGAAUAAAGGAAUCAAAUUUGACAAUAUUUUGAUCUUUUAUAUAAUACGUUGUCAAGUUACUCGUUCGUCCAGAAAAGUGAAAUGAAGCGUUAUCAGACAAUUAAGAAUCUUGGCGACGGCACGUACGGAUCAGUAACUUUGGCAAGAAACUGUGAGACGGGUGAAAAUGUUGCCAUAAAACGGUGAGGAGCGGUUUUUGUAUGAUAAUUAUCAAUUACUGUCAGUAAUAGAUUUGUGUUUAGAAGUGGGCACAAGAAAUAGAUAACUUAUUAUGCUACUUUAACACCUGAGUCGACCUGUCAUUGGAUACUUAUUCAAUGUUAGUCAGUCAUUUGAAUGUGUGUUUCAUGUGUGCGAGUCUGUGAAGAAGCUUGGAUUCGAUCCCAGCAGUAUUAACAACUUGAACAGCCUGUGUCAGUUGUAGGUAGUUGCCAAUAAUGCAGUUUCAGAUUGAUAGGGAUACAACUACCUGAAAAAUACAAGGAGAACUUCAAUGUUUCGAGUGAAUUAAGGCCCUUCAUCAGGAAGUUAGUAGCAGCGACGGGCCUGACAAAGGGUGUUUGUUCGAAACGUCCCCUUGUAUAUUUCAGAUAGUUGUAUCCCUAUCAAUCCGAAGCUCAUUAACAACUGUCUGAUGCUCUCUCAGUACAAAAAUCCCUUUCUUUAGUAACACUGGACCAAUAAGAGUUGGACCCUUGCUGUACUCUUAGGAGAACAGUUCAGAACCGAUAAAGCUGAGUUAGCAACUUGUAAAUAGAUUUCAUCCUGCUUUUUGGACUUGUUCCAUGAUCGCUUUGAUCUACGCCCCGCUAUCAUGGAGUAUUCAAUGUCUCGUUUGCAUAGAAUAGUUAUUUGUAUUCAAGUUGUCUAAUAAUCAUGGAUAAUUCUGAGCUAACCCCUUCCGUAAUCUACUAAUUUGUCGACAGUUUAGUUGAGUUGACUUGGACUAAAAUGUACUGAUAAGUUUAGCAUGUGGCUGUUUUUAUGGAAGCUAGGUUGUUCCCUUUAGCAUGAUAGCCCCACUGAGCAAGAUCUUGUGUUGCAGUUAUUUUUAUAGUAAAAAUACUUUUCAUUUAAUAUGUGGAGAGCUGCACUGGUCUAGAUAGAUUCCAUGGAAAUCUGGACCAGUGCAGUUCCGAAAUGACCUGACCGCGUAGCUCAGUUGGCAGAGCAUUGGGCUACUCACAGCUAGUAUUCCAAAGGUCGUAGGUUCGAUUCCCACCGUGGCCAGGCAUAUUUUUCAAGCCUGCCCGAUGUAGAUAAUACACUCAGAGUCACAUCAGAAGCAACCCCUAAAAUGCUGUUGAAGUGCCUUACUGAGGAACCUCACAGCAAAUUUUGAUGUGAAAAUGUAAUUUGUUUUCCUUGGGCACCUAUAUUAUUAUGAAAUUCUUUUAAUUUAAGCAUUAAUUUGCAUGUAAUCAAAGUUAUUAUUUUGGUAGACAGGUGAUUUCUUGCCAGCCUGAGAAAUUUCCUUAUGCUGCUCUGUCAAAGAGCCUUUGCUCAAAAAGUCAUUUCCAUUUCGACAGAAUUUUCAAAAUUUAAAACAAAUAGUUCAUAUGCAAAUCAGAAUUAUUUAUAGUGGAAGGUUUCUACCUUAUAGACAAUCGUGUGAGUGUACACAGUGUGUCCAUAUUUUUACAAGAGCAAUAUACCAUCACCAAUAUACAACUUGUAGUUGGCUAAUUAACACAUAAUUAACUACAAAUUAAUUUUCAAUUUGACAAGAAAAUGCUCAGCAGCUAUGCAGGUCUUUUGUGGCAGAUUCCUGCUGGCAGAAACUUGCAAUAUUAAAAGACCCAAGUUUGGUUGUGUAGACAUUGUACACCCCUACAAAAGUGGACACCUUCUGCAAUAAGUCAGCAUUAAUGGCAAUGGACACCGAAAUCUUAAUGUCUGAUUACUUGUUUUUUUAAAAAGUAAAAUCUUCUGCCAUUAGACAAGAUGGGCAACACCUUGACAGACACUUGACAGACAGUGAGAUGGAGUAAAUUUACUAAUACAGCACAUCGCAGUUUAAUGGUGGAUUCCCCCUACUCUAUCCUGUCCAAAUUAUAGGACAGUCAUAGCAGCCAAGAAAAUUGGUUUCUCAAUAACAAUUCAUACUCGAAUUCAUGAACCAAAAACAAAUUAAGAAAUCAGUAAUUUAUUAGUGUUUUGAAACUAGAGGAAGACCCCUCGCAAAUUUUCCCAAAUUUGAAUUUACAUAACUUCAAAGUACUAGUGUCUAGUACUUAGAAACUGUAAAUUACAGUGUUUGAGAAGUACUCAGUUCACUCGCCCGCGGCUGCCUGCCUUCCCAGAACACACUCGGACCUUUGGGAGUCGAAGUUGACUAGUCGAGCAUUUGAAAAAUGACUUAUUUAAUAUUGUUGCUACCUAUUUAUUUCUAACAUCUUUCCAUUGUGAAUGUGGGAGCAAUCCAGAUAGACUGCGCAUUCUCAGUUAAAUUAAACAAAUUCAGUCUCACAAGCAGUACUCUCAAUGUCGUUUCUGAACUAUAAGUCAAGACUGUUUUCAAGUCCCUUUGAGCAAAUUUUGUUUUUGUUCUACAAAUAAACCUAAUCGUGGCUAUUACAGUGCCCAUUCGGCAUUGCCAUUGGCAAAGGUUCCAACCCUCCCGAUUUGAUCGGGAGGCUCCCGAUUUCUUGGCAAAUCUCCCGAUUUAUAUUUAAACCUCCCGAUUUUACGAAUGAAAAGAAAAAAUGUUACUUUCUAAAAGAAUCCUUGUAAAAGCCGUUUUAAUUUAAAAAUAUUUAAUAUUUUAUAGUUAAAUAGAAAUAAUAUAGUCUAUAGUGACACGCAAAUACGCAAACUAAUAUCCAGAAAUUGAAAAUCGCGCAAAAGUUCGACAAAAACCGGUAUAUAUGAAAAACGGUUCGACAUAAAAAACGGUAUAGUCAGUUCGCGUACGGUAAAAACGGUUGUCGGAUCGACAAAAAAGCGGUAUUUCGCCAAGAGGGGUGUUUUGUACGACAAAGUUUCGUUUCGUUUCCUUUACCAGACCUCCCGAUUUUUGGAAAUGUCAAGUUUGAACGUCUGCAUUGACGGCAUUGCAAUGUGCGAUUCAAUUUCUGACACGGAGCGAUGUUAUCUAAAAAGUAGUCACAAACAGUCGUGUUUUUAUAAUUGUUUAAAUAACUAUAGUAACCUCAAAAAUAUUUUGUUAAUUCAAGGACUCAAUUAUAAUUUAUACUGCCGGUGUAGUUUAUUUCAUUUCAUGUGGCAAUGCAUAAUUUAUCAACCUGUGAACUUUUUUAUGAAUUAUGCGAUGCAUGAAAAAUAUAAAAUUAUGAAAAGAACUUCGACUUUUCGAGCCAAGCCCUCAUUAGUAGCGUAAUAGGCCGUAUAAUGCAUAAUUUAUCCCGAUAUAUUUCUUUUCAAUUAGCGGUAUUUUGCAAGCGGAAAAGUUCCAUGUCCGAAUUUUAAUGCGUUUGAACAUUUAUCUAGCAAAACUAUCGCUCUAUUAGUGUAGGUAAUAGGCCCCUUGCAGUUAAAACGAGCUCAUGACCAACAUCUGGACGACAACUUGAAACAAACCGCAGUCAAUGACAAUGUGGAAUAAUAAACAAUUUUCUUUCAUUAAAAACAAUUUUUUGCUACGGUUCAAUAUCUACAAUAUUAAGCCUAUACAACUUUCAUUUCUUAUGCAAAACAAUUAGGUGAACUAAUACAUUUUUAACGUUGCCAAUUUUUAAAUAAAGAAAACAAGGUAUAUAAAUUCGUUUGCUAAUCGAGUUGGGCGGUGUAGCGGUGUUCUUAAAAGUUAUAUUAACAAACUAUGGUUUGCCUACUCUCAUUAAUUAUUAAGUCUCUCCCUGUAGCUCAUUUGAGCAGGGUUUUACCGACGUAUCCGUUAUACAGUAUAUCUAAUUGAGAAGAAGAUUAGCUUCUCUUUUCAACGGGGAAACUUUAUAUUUUCCCAAUUCUGUGUGUACUUUGUAGUUGCCAAAAGAGGGCCGCUUUCCCGCCAAUAGAAUUUCAAGCCCCUCGUCUCAUUCUCGACUAGAUAACGCGAUAUAUGUCUUUAGGCGGAAACGAGGCAAUGCUCUUUAGGCACAUCUUAGCCGUACCGUAGUCUAGAGUCUGUGACGCGUGGGCUAUGCCUGAGGUUCAUCAACCUCUUUACUGGUCUCACAAAUUAUCCAAAAUUGCGGUCUGAAAUUUGUAUAAAAAUAUUUGCUGUUUCACUUGUGGGACGUUAAAUGAUAAAGUGCGCAUGAUCAACCACAUUCAAUAUUUAUAAUGAACGUAUAUGCUUGACCAGAUUUAUAAUAACAUAAAUCGCGUAUAUACAUUUCUCGAUUUCGGUGUAAACCAGUCGCAUCAAAAUUACCUAAUAUUCACUGAUAUUCGUAAAUAGAGUCGCGUUAGAGACAGAGUAAUAAUGUAGGGCAGGCAUUGCCCCUUAUUUGGUUAAUAAUAAGACACCUCUACAUGCAGAUAUAGUUUGCUAAUACCGAAGAAGUUCCUCUUAACAAGUAAACUUGCUCGGUGUUAAAGUAGAAUAAUAAAGUAUAAAGCGCAUUCAUGAUUGAUGUUUUAACAAGAGACAUUAGCAGGCUAUUCUGGUUAACUCAUUAACAUAGGGUGCGCAUAGAAUGACCCAACAAAAUGUGAUAACAUUUGUCCUUAUAUCUUCAGAAUGAAAAGAAAAUACUAUUCUUGGGACGAGUGCGUCAACUUACGAGAAGUGAAGGUAAGAUCAUCAUAGCAAUUUUUAUUCGAAAUAUUUGUUAUGGUCUUUUAGGAUUUCUAAAUAUGAAAUCAUAUUAAAUUAUUUGAUUGCUUGUUCUCCUCAGAGCUCAUGUAGAAAUAGUAACACAUGCUGUCAAGAUGAGUCGAAUAACUGCUGAAUACUAUAGGAAUUUCUACUCUUUUGCAGUCUUUACGAAAACUAAAUCAUGCAAAUGUGGUCAAACUCAAAGAAGUAAUCCGAGAAAAUGAUCAACUUUAUUUUGUGUUCGAAUACAUGAGAGAGAAUCUAUACCAGAUGAUCAAAAAUAGGUAUGGAAAUAGUAUUUUGUUAACUUUUAAGUAAUUAUACUUAGUCUAAUAUACACAACAUGGCUUGCAUGUUGUUGUAUUAUAUAAACACGAGCCGAAACCAGCGGUUGUACAUCACAUUAUUCACGGACACAAUUGUCGUUUAUCGCUUUGUGAUUUGGCUUUUGCAAUAAUAUUAAUUUAAAGACAUGAAUGUUGGGUUAGAAAAAUGGACUGAAAGUUCGAUAUGCAAAUUACCAGGAUUUUGUAUCAAAUAUACAAGCUCCUUCACGGUCGUAAUUUCCGGGUUUUCGCUUGUUUCCAUCUACCAAACUGACAUUACGUCUUUGAUCAAUUUCUAAAGUUGUUUCUUUUUGGAUUUUUAAAAUUAAUUUGGUUAGGGUUAGAGUUAGGGUUGCGGUGAGGGGUUAGAGUAGGGGUAGAGUUUGGGUUAGUUACAUGGCCAUUCAACACCUUUUCCAUCUUUCGAAAAUGACAUCAGGUCAAUUUGGUAGAUGGAUCGAACAAGUGCUGACCUGAUUUCCGACGUGUUUUCACCCGUCAUUUAAAAGUGCGCGUUUUUCACAGCUUACAGCCGAAGUAGUCCCGCCCAGAUAAGCGAAUUGACGAAUCCGUGUAUAGAUUCAAUGAAGCAAAUUCUAAAGGCGAAUGUGACUUUUAGGCUUACCUUGCAUAACUUUGUGUAUGUUUCUUUUCCAAGGGAUCGCUACUUGCCUGAACAAACUGUAAGAAAUAUAAUGUACCAGAUUUUACAAGGAAUCACAUUCAUGCAUAAACAUGGUUAGUAAAACUAAUAAAGUCUCAUGCUGUAACUUGCCCCUUCCCAGGAUAUAUCCUCAAAACAUUGUGAUUGUGUAUGAUAGCGUGUAUACGCGAGCUUUAACAUUGUUUUUACAACUGUGAAACCCUGACAGGAUAUUUGCAAAGUGUCCGUCACUGCUAAAAUUAAUACUCCAGUUGCGAACUGGGAAAGUCGCAAGUAAAGAGCAAAUUUUCCUUGAUAAGGUUCUUCGGAAGAGUUUACUUGCAUGCGUGUACGACAAACAAGAUUUUCAAAAAUUUUCAAUGCCUAAGGCUAAGUUUCAAGAUCUACUUUACAUCAUACCGGGUACAAGCCAGUGUGAGAUGAAAAUUGAAAUUGUAAAACAUGUUUCUAAAGCAUAUUUCGAAAAUGCCAUCCACAUUCCACAGUCAAUGUGAACAAAUCUUGAUGACCAGUGGACCAUAUUUUUUCAGGGUAUUUUCACCGAGAUAUCAAGCCCGAGAACUUGUUAUGCAGUGGUCCAGAGCAAGUGAAAAUUGCAGAUUUUGGUUUGGCAAGAGAGAUUCGAUCAAGACCACCAUUCACGGAUUAUGUCUCAACAAGAUGGUAAAUUUAAGUUUAUCGUAACGAAAAUACGCGGAAUGAUUAUAACUAGAGAAUACUUAUGAUUUACAUGUGGUUUGCAGGUAUAAACUAUUAUAAACUGGCCGUUGAGAAAGAUUGUGACUCUAUUUUUACGACCAUUACGACCAUAUGGAAACCAGGCUUAAGAUAUAACUCCAGUAAGAGACUAAGCUAAGGAACAGUUUCAAUUUUUCACAAAUACGUUAUGAGAGAGUCUUAAGGAAUCAUUAUAUCAUACUUCUUUGGCUGUCAUUUGAGACAUGCAAGCAACACGAGUACAGUCAAGUAUACCUUUCUUGUCGCAUACAAAAUGCCGUGAUGCAUACGGUCAAAUUUUCCAUUGUUUUUACGCACUGUUGAGGAACAUUUGAAAAAGGCAAAUUCAGGAUCCGAGGAAUAUUACCUAAACACUUUUUCCAAGUGUGUCAACACAUAUUACCAGCCAGUAAUAUUUUAUGAUCAUAUAUUUGUUUUAGGUACCGAGCACCCGAAGUCUUGCUAAGAUCGACCAACUACAGUUCUCCUAUUGACAUGUGGGCAUGCGGUUGUAUCAUGGCGGAAAUCUACACCUUACGACCUCUCUUUCCUGGCAACAGCGAAAUUGAUGAAAUCUAUAAAAUAUGUUCUGUGCUUGGAACACCAGCAAAGGUAAUGUGGAAAGAUGCGGUUGGCGCGCUACCCCUUGGCGCUGUGUUAAGCCUGCUACUAUCCUGUCUGACUUGAUAUACUCGAAAAUUCUCUCCUGUGCUGCGAGGUUUUUCUUGGGGUCUUCUACUGUCUAGUCCCAGGUACUUUCUUCGCUAUUCAAUAUGUUCCUGAGCCACCUGUCACAUUGAGCGGUGACGUCACACUUAGGUUCCACAUGUUCAUAUGUUAGCUUCAGAUCGACAGGGACUAGUCUGGGUCCACUAGUUUUCUUCACCGAAAAUUAACCCUUCCACGUUAGCUGUGCUCCGUGAUCAGACAUGGUCAUAUGGUGUUUGCCAGAGGCGCCUUAGUAAGCCUUUGACUCAAUCGCAUUUGAGCUGCGGCGUUCGCUAUUCAGCUUUCGACUGCCAGAAAGGAUGGCUAACAUGUCCCCCCCCCCCCCUACUUUUACCCUUAACUUAUUAAUUCUGUUACUCCGGACGGACUAAGGGGUUGCCCUUACCUGACCACUAGGCAGGGCAGGCAAAGGGGAUUUGCGACUCAUUUUCGAAAGUAAGGUGUACUGUCUUACAUAGAGUCCAGAUAGCUUCAUUCGUGACUAUUUUUGUUUAGGAUGAUUGGGCAGAAGGAUAUAAACUUGCUUCUGCGAUGAAUUUCAAGUUUCCAACAAUGGUAGGUUUACUAGGUUAUAUAUAAUUAUUUUGUUCUUUAGGAAACCGCGGAUCUUUAUCAUAUGUCUGGAAACAUUUUUGCUUCCUGAGCAGGCCUACUUCCUAACAAGCAUGCAUAUAUGUUUUUUUCAACAAUGUUUCGAAGGAUCUGCUCACCCUGUUUUAUCUCAUCAAUCUCAUCUCAUUCAUCGAGCAUCGAAAGAUCAAUCUCAUCUCAUCGAAGAAUCUGCUCAUCAAUGUUUCGAUGGAUCUGCUCAUAUACGAGUCUGGUUUGCCGGGAUGCUCACCUGAGUGAGAUUAAUUAUUUCUGUGUUCAUAUGAAUGUUUUUGUGCCACCUAAUAUCCUACCUCGAUGAGACGACAUUAUGUAAACAUGGCAUCUUGAAAAGAUUUUUUGUUGUAAUUAAACAACUGCACUUUGUAUUACGACGUUAACAGGGUCUGUCUAUUAACUUUUGUUCGUAUUCUCCAACUGUGCCGUUCAAUACUAUAUUAUAGGUCAAAAUUGGCAAAAAAAUGUCCAUCCUGGCCAGGAGGGAUAAAACCUUCAUAUGAAAAAUCUUAUAUCCGACUUGACUGAGAUUCUUAGAUCUCACUUAGCUCGGCUGGUUCGUUUCUCAUAUGAACACAAACUGAAUGUUAUAUGCGUUAACAAAAUGUACGCGGAUCCCACUCAGGUAGUUUUCCGGUCAGCUGGACUCAUAUGAACAGACAUCAAGCGUGGGCAAACAGAGAAACAUUUGUAUCAUGCUUUAAACUGUUUAAUUCCCUUUCAGGUAAGCACACCGUUACGUCAGAUCAUUCCAAACGCCAGCACGGAAGGCAUACAACUCGUCAAAGACAUGUUACUAUGGAACCCACAAAAACGACCAAACGCCGCGCAAAGCUUGCGGUAUCCUUUCUUUAUGGUCGGUGUCGACCUACCCCAAAACAAAGUGAACGCCCAACGUGGGUCGGCGAAGAAAACGGACGAUAUCAGACGCAUUAGCGAAUCUGGGAAACCUGUGAAACCCCUCACGAAAAAAAAGGCAAGCGGCUUUUUUGACGAUUACGACUUUGAUGCAGACCCUAAAGAAGAUCGGAGCUUACAACAAUCGAUGAACAAUGGGUCAAUACGGCGGGUCAGCGAUUCAGGUAAGCCGGUUAAACCGCCGAACCCACUCAAGAAAAAAGCAAGCGCUAUUUUUGAUGAUUUUGACAUUGAUAAUUUGAAAGAUGAUUUACAGCAAUCCUACGGGGCUAGUAAGAAGUCCGGUGGUAUAAAAGGACUUGAGAAGAGGUCCUCGGCCACAGAUCGGAACAAUACUCGGGGAAACCCGGUGAAAAACGUUGAGUCCGAUAGCCUGUUAGAGUAUGGGAGUACAAAUUUGAAUAAAUCUCAUCGCAACUCAAAACGAAUUGGCGGGUUAGCGGACGACGGAGAGACGGGAAAGAAUGGAUCUAAGGGGACCAAACUUCCAUACUUAGACAAUGUUCCCGAGAAGUCGAAUAGACACUUUGCGAAAGAGAACCAUGUCCCAGAACAUUCUAGUAGACAUUUUGCAAAAGAGAAUCACCAUCCAAAUAUCGCAGGAAGUAAAGAAAUGAAAAAUACAAGCGUGUUCGGAAGUGAAAGACGGAAAUGGCAAGGACCGGCAAAGAGGUCGAGCCAUGACGAUGAUCUUGAAAAUUUAAUGGACGAAAUUGAGAAGUCAGGUCAUAAUAAAGCUACAUCCAAGGUAGGAAAUAGAUUUUGCUUUCACCUGGAUUUGUGUGUGUGUGUUUCUUUGGUUGCCACAUAGGCUAUCCAGUUUGUUAAGUUUUUUGAACAGUUCGUUAAUUCCUUUCGUUUUGAUUUUAUUUAGCUACCACCAGCGAAACGGCGUGAGACACGAGAUACUUACGAAAGGUAAGGUUUAAAAAUAUUUUCUUUUAGCAACGUAUACCAUUUUGCUUUUUCUGGUUUGCACGCCUUUGGAAAUUAUUGAUAGGACGGUUUCUGGCCUUAAUUGGUUGCUUAUCGCUAGGGAAAACAGUAUAUAACUGAUAGAACUAUCCAGUCUAAAUAAAGUUAGUUAAUUUACGUUUCUUCCUGUAGUCACACUGAACCAAUUAUGGAUAACCGUUACUGGACCUCUCGGAAGGACGGUCUAGAACUGAUAGAGCUAUCCAGUAUAUAUAUAUUUUUUCUAUUUUCCCUUCCAGCAAUUUUGGUAGCAAAGACAACGACUCAAACCGCAGGAAUCCACCGAGCGCUAAAGAACACUACAUGAAACAGGCGCGAUAUUUUCCCGGGCAAAGUCCUGCCGCAGCAGCUAACAGGAUGCCAGUAAAUAAGAAAUCUUCAGUGGGCAUGGGUUUAAAUGCAUCCUACCUUCCAUCGUUUCAUAACGGUCACACACAGUCGAGACUUGGCGGUGGCUAUGCUCUUGGUGGGACGUCUGGAAAUUCUGUUGGUAGGUUGAUGAUGAUUUGUACCAGAGCUUGAUUUUUGGAAGCUACCCAGAUAAACAUUUUACUAGAAAAAAACAACAAGAAUACAGUAAAAACCCGCAUAAAAGAACCAAGAACUACCAGCAUGAAAUUUGGGCAAUUCAGCACCCAACAUACAAAAGCUACCUCAGUCUGGCAAAUGAGACUGGGCUUUUCAGUGACCGAUUACAUCCAGAUUACGCUUACUUGUAUUACAAUUGUGAUAUUACUUUCGUAACUAUGUUUAUCCUAACCCCACCCUGUCAACUUUCCCUGUGGGAGGAAACCGGAGCGCCCGGUGAAAACCCACGACUUUCGGCAGAGCACUGACAGACUCUUUUCACAUGAGUUCGUGGCGAGAAUCGAACCCACGGUCUCAGAGGUGAAAGGCGCCUGCUCCGCUGACGACUGCGCCACCGAAGCUGUUAGUCUAACAUACUGUAGUAUCAGAUCAAGUGUUCGGAAUUAUUGAACUUUGUCUAUAAAUGCUGCCAAGUAUGAGAAAUGGAAUACGAUUAUAUUUAUGUCUAUCUGCAGGUGUUGGUGGUUACUGGAAGCCUUCGUUAUCUCGUCAACCCAGUGGUCCGGUGUACCAGCCCCCCGGUGCUUCUAAACCUGGGAAAGUUGGAGGAGCUAUGCACGGCAGAACGGACUGGAGCCUAAAGUAAGUCUACAUGCAGUACAUAUUGUGUACAUGUUGUAACAACUUGUUACGUGCAGGCGAUAUCGGACUUGUUGGAAAACUUGUUGCGAGUCUGUUGGCCUCACGACAUCAGCCUUGUUAUAAGAUGAUAACAGCUUGUUCCAGACUUGUCAAAAACUGGGAACAAGCAGUGCGAACACAUCUUGUUGACAAGCUGUGAGAUUUUUACUCGUGUAGAGGAUUUACAAUGUAUUAAUUUCCUCUUGUUUUUUUUCUAGGUACGGUGGUGGGCGAUAAAUUUUCAAUUAUCACACAAACAUUCAAAGUGACACUCUUCACUUGUAAAUUUAUACAUAUAUACAGAGACGCACAAAACGUUCAACGCUUCGGGUCACAGAGCAUCGCGUGAAAAAAAAUGCAAAAUAUUUAAAUUUUAUUUAUUUCAAAGAAUCGAACUGGAGGCGCGAUUUCUAUAGAGUAUAGGUCAUGCACAACUGUAAAUUUGUAAUUAAUAAAACGCCAAGCGUUCACUGAUUCAAGCCUGUGUAGUUUGUUCUUAUAAGCAGCCAUAAUAUGGGGAACAUGGUAAAUAUGCCACUACCUGAAAAAUACAAGGAGAACUUCGAUGUUUCGAGCGAAGGCCCUUCGUUGCAAAGCAAGCCUGAAAAUAAGCGGCCGGUCACGGACAUUGUCCGGUACGAAAAGGUAAUUGUCCGGCACAACUGUUUCCUUGCCGGACAGUUUGUCUGGCAGCAUGCACAUUAAUAUACUAUUGGUGAAACUGGCACUAUUAAAAAAUUCAUUAUAUAUUUCUAAAUAUUCGCAUUCCACAUUUAAAAAUUAUGUGAAUUCAAAUUUCAUCGCGUAUGAAUAUUAAGACAAUAUGCCUGUGAAAUGCUGUGAAAUUUAUGUUCCGUUUUAUAUUCCGUAUGAUAUAAUUGACUAGCUGUAGUGGCUUUAAAAUUGUUGUGACUAAGCUUUUCAUUGGCUUCUUUUAUUUCAAGGACCACUAAAAACUAUAGUUGCUCUGUUGCAGUAAUAUUUUUGUCAGGCACAAAAUGUCCAGUGUCAGGCACCAAUCAGUUGAUACCUGACACUUUGUCAGGCACCGUUGGAAAUUUAUUUUCAGGCUUGUUGCAAAGUUAGUAGCUAGAGGUAUCUUGCCGACGAAGUGCCUUCGCUCGAAACGUCGAAGUUCUCCUUUUAUUAUUCAGGAACCGGUUGUUCGAAGGCCGGAUAGCGCUAUCCACCGGAUAGUGAUUUUUUCAAGUUUUGUUAAAUCUGUCGUUGAUUGGUAGAACUGGUAUUAAAGUUUAUUAUUUAUUAUUAUUCAUUGUACUGUGUUUUCGGUUUUUCAUUGGCUAAGAGCCUACAAAUAAUUUUGGGUAUUUGUAGGUGCCUGCGCUAUUUUCAGCGGAAACCGAGUAAUCUGCAGAGGUUAUUGGAUGGCGCCCGAGAUAUUUCAGCGGUAUUUUAUGUGAUAAUACAAAUUGG